UAUUUUUUAUAAAUAAUUUGACUUCAUCAAUAAAGUGAGCAGAUCAUUUGUAAAUUUUUAAAAAUUAGUAUAACCACUCCUACCUCACCAGUCACCACCGUAAGCGAAAUUAACUUAUUAUAUUUUAUUCUCGAUCUCCUUGUACUACCACGACGCCGUCCAUUCCUUUGUACUAUCCCCAACGACUUGUGAGUUGUACCAUUCAUACUUACGCCAUUCAUGCCCCAACAGCAAAGUCAAAGAACCCAAUUUUCCAAUUCCCUUCUGCAAUUUCCCUCGGCAGCCCUUUUGACUCCCAGCUCACAAAUUCCCCCACUCACCAACUCUCUUCUAUAUAGCAGUCCCUACAAACCACCGGAAAUUCUCGCCCAGAGCUAAAUUCCCAAUCCUCCCACUCUGUAAAAAUGGCGAGACUCUGUCUCACCAUCUUCCUAAUCACAAUCUCCCUCUCGACCCUCCCCAAUUCUCGAUCCCAGCCAUCCCCAGCUUCCCAACCUGCGGUCAACUGGGCGACCCGGCUCGACUCCUCUGGCUCCGACACCGUCACCAACCUCCAGUUCUACUUCCACGACAUCGUCAGCGGGAGCAACCCGACUGCCGUCCAGGUCGCUUCGGCGGCCGGGUCCGGAUCCGGGUUCGGGUCCAUCACGAUGGCCGACGACGCGCUGACCGAGACGGCCGACCCGAACUCCAAGCUGAUCGGGCGGGCCCAGGGGAUCUACGCCCAGGCUUCCCAGACCGGGCUCGCCCUGCUGAUGGCCCUCAGCUACUCGUUCACCGAUGGGCCCUACAGCGGGAGCUCGCUCAGCAUAAUGGGCCGGAACGCGGUCAUGACCCAGGGCCGGGAGCUGCCCGUUUUGGGCGGGACCGGUUUGUUCAGGAUGGCGCGUGGGUACGCGGUCCUCCAAACGACUUCCGGCAACGCGCAGGGGGACGCCGUGGUGUUUUAUAACGUCACGGUUUUUGCUCCGGCGGGGAAUGAGAGUAAUGAGGUGCUGCCUUUUACUCCGGUGGGCGGGAGCGGCGGUGGGAGGGGCGGGACCGGAGGUACUAGGUCGACGAACACGGUGAAUUCGUCGCCGGCGGGGAGAGUGGCGGGGAGUCGCUGGAUUGGUGGGGCCAUGAUUGCUGCUGUUGCUUGUUUAUUUUGUGUGUAAACAAUAAUUAAUGAUGAUGGGAGGCCAUUGUUAAUUGUUGUUGUUAGUGUAUCUUUUUGUGGACAUAAUUAUUGUAUCUAGAAUUUUACCUUUCAGUGAGGUGCUUUGAUGCAUUAUAUUAUAUAGGUUAGGCUUAAUUACCUUCCACUUAUAUCCUGUCUUAUCAUUUUCCCUCUGGGUUGUCCAUUUUGUCCUUUUGCCCCUUUCCUUCGAUACAUUAUCAUUUUAUUGUUACUUUAGUUAUUGUUAUGAUUAAUAAGAGAUGGCAGUGACAUAUUGUUUUCAAUUCUAUACAUAGCAUUGUUGCCCAAUUUCAAUUCAACUUUGUAUGAUUCGUAAGAAGACAACUCUUGAACGAAUAAAUACUUGGUCUAGUG